AUGGUAUGGAACUGGAAAAAAUGGGAUCUAAUCCAUGUACUGAAGAUUCUGGCGCCGUUUAGAGGAACUCUCAUUUUUUUCAUUGUAUUCACUAUUAUAAUUAAUUAUUUGUAUUACCUCGACUGGUACACCCAUUACGAAACUCAAUUACAUUCAACUACGUAUUUGUUUUUAAUGAUAUUUGAUGUGAUGAUGACCGUUUUAAUUGCUGAUUUGGUGCACCCCGGGAUCGUCGUCUUUUUAACGGUCUCGAUAUUGUUAGCAUUGGGUGUGAUCGAUUUGGACGAAGCGUUUGUGGGCUUUUCUGAUAGUUCGACGUUAACGGUAAUGGUAGCAUUGAUACUAUCAGCUGGCAUUAAUAAAGUACAAUUACUCGAGAAGAUGGUCCACUUCUUAUUGCCAUCAACAAAGCAAUAUUACGUCUUUCCAAGCGCAAUGCGCUUUUUGCCAUUUGUGAUGGCCCUCUCCUUAUUCCUCAACAACACGCCUGUUGUGGCUAUGUCGAUUCCACUCAUCCAGACUUGGGCAAAAACUUCUGGGCAUUCAGCAAAGAAAAUGUUAAUGCCUGUGUCGUUCUGUGCUAUAUUUGGUGGGAUGAACUCUAUAUUGGGAACUUCAACGAAUUUGGUUGGGCGUGGGUUGGUCUACCAACAAGUCUCCAAAACAAAUUCGCUGUUUCAUAUGAAUUUGAAAUUUGAGAUGCCGCUCUUUGAAAUUGGACUAGUUGCGUGUCCUGUUGCCAUUGUUGGGUAUUUGUACUGCUGUUUUUGCACAUCACUGCUUGACAGAAACAAAGAAAAGAAAGAGAAAGAAAAGAAACACGAGAAAACGUUUUUUGUACACAUGAAAGUGACGAAGGAGAACCAAUUCAUUGGAACACAUUUGCACCAAACACCUUUGUGUAACCCACCGAAUGGACGAGUCGUUGCAGUCAAAAGAAAAGAUAUCUACGAAGAAUUUUUGAAGGAAGAAGACGGCAAAAAACUUGAGGAGACAGUGCCUAUUGUACUUGAACAAGAGAAGAGUCCGGACUCAAUCUAUUUUUCUAUAACCCAACCCAAUAUCACUUCAUUUAAAAGUUCAACCAGUAACAUCGAAACAAAUACAAGUUCCUCCUCUUCUGAAAUGAUAUCAGAAAACAGUACCAUUGAAAAGUACCGUUCGGGUAUUGAAUUAACAACAGACGUUGUUGUACAAGAGAAUGAUAUUUUAAUCUACGAAAUACCACAGCGAAGUAUGUCCGAUGUUCUCUGUCAAAAGGGUUUAAAACUGGAUGAUCCAAAAAUAGAUCACAUCACACAAACAGCGUUCUCGUUUUAUGAAGUGUGUUUGCCAAAAGACGAGAGGGAGCUUCCCCACAAUAUUCAAUAUAGUAUAAUUGGCGUGACGGGUCGUGAGGAUAAGGAGGUGGUGUUUCCAAGUCGGUCAUGGAUUGUCGCUGUUCCACAGAAGUACUCGAAAACCUUCCCAACACCAUUUUUAAUAGCGAAACCGCUUGAUAUAGUAUAUCUCGUUGAUGUUCCAUUGUAUAAAACGUUGGUAGCAGUGAUAGCACUUGCUUUUCCUAUUCUUAUGGAUGUCUUUGAGUUUGGCAAUUUGGUUGAAUACGCCCUUUUCAGUGUAUUACUUCUACUGAUAUUUCGUGUGUUGACGGUCGAAGAGUUUUUUGGUGCGAUUGACAUUCCACUCUUCUGUAUUUUAGGCGCUUCGUUUGGGCUUUCUACUGCAAUGGUUAAGACUAACUCGGGGUCUUUACUUGCACUCACAUUGACUCGGUUGUUCUCGCCUUUUGGCAAAUUAGGUGUGUUGGCAGCUUUGUAUAUCCCCACCUUGUUGCUGACGCAACCACUAAGCAAUACAGCAGUUGUAGCUGUGAUGUUUCCAGUGGUAUGGGCCGCUUAUUGGGGGAAAGAUCCAUUGGGCCAAGAACGGGGGCAAAUCAUUGGUCUUAAGAGUGGAAUGUACACUAUGAUGUUGGCUGCAAGCGAGGUAUUUGUUCUUCCAAUCGGCUAUCAAACUAACAUGAUGGUCAUGGAAGUCGCCGAUUAUUCCAUCAGCGAUUUCGUUGUAUUCGGAACACCAUUAAUGAUUCUUUCGAUGAUCCUUUCCGUGACAAUGCCUUGGUUAGUUUUCGAGGUACUUCGUCCUUCCUCCUUGUAA